AACCAGGACGGGGGGGGCGCGCACCCGGGGCGCUGUGUCUGCGAGUCGCUGCAGCAGGAGGGGCCAUGGCCGUGUCUCUGGUCGGCGCCGUGGUGGCCGUGUGCGCCGCGCUGGCAGUGGCCUGCGCGGGCUCGCCGCUGGUCCCGGACGUGUGGGACGCGGGGGACACCAGGGGCUCCCAGGAGGACCCCGGGGUCGGCGAGUACCCGGAGGACCCGGAGGACAACAUCGUGGAGCUGGAGGAGUACCUGCGGGGCGCCCUCGGCCGGCGAGGGGACUCCGCCGCAGUCGCGCCCAGGUACCUCCACGACCCGACCCGGGAUGAGGAGGAAGAGGAGGAGGAUGAGGAGGAUGAGGAUGAGGACAUCCUCGGAGGACCCGAGGCGCGCGCCCAGGACAAGCGGGCAAGCGGGGACGUGGUCAGAGCCAUCGCCCGGGGCUGAGCAGACCUCAGUCGCGGCGGCUGGGACCUAGCGGGCGUGCAGACACCAGCGCUCCGCCCAACCGCCUCCCGUCCCUGCCUCGCAGUCAACACCCUGUCUCACACCCCGCACCCAUUCAUUAGCUACACACCUGCACAAUUCGCGGUCUCGACGGCCUUCAGGAUAGACUGCACAUACCCCCCUGUACACUCGGGGCAAAUAUACGCCAGUUCGUUGGCUGCUGACUUGUGAGUCGUCUCAGAUGGUUUGCUCUGUGAUUCGAUCCUUCUUUGGUUGAGGGUUUAUAACUGGUUGAGAUUCGUCCAGAUGAACAGUAAGCCAAUAGCAAAAUUAUGAAAGAGGUAUAUGUAUUUGAAUUCUAGCCUAUAACCGAAUGAAUCCGCAAAUUUUGCAGGUCUCUAUUCAUUACUAGAGACAAAAAAAAUUCGAGGAUUCAUUUCGGCUAAAAUUCAAACUUGUGAACAAUUCUGCUGGUUCUGCUAUUGGCCCGCAGUUUAACUGGAGCUCUCUGGGCCAAUGGCAGACUAUUUACCAAAGAAGCGUCGAAUCACAAGCCACCCAGUGGAGACGCCUCACAAGUUAGCACCCAAUGAACACGCGUGUUUGCUUGAGCAGUGCAGAGGAUAUUGUAAACUGUACUAGAGGUAAUUGAAUCAGCGAAUUUUUCAGGUCUCUAUUCAUUACUUUCUUCAAAUGCUGUUUCUACAAUUUUAACUCGAUGCCCCUCUUGCAUUUUUUUUUUUAAAUUUUAUAUUCAAACAGAUACCAGCUUAGGGAAAUGUCGUAGGUGUAAAAACAAAAAGGCGGUUGUCUGUAAAGUCGGUUUACGGACGAUAAUUUUACGUGAUAACGUCAUACGAAAACAUUAAUGAAAAAUUGCAUACUUUUUUAAUUUUGAAGUAUUAUUUACUGUUUUUUCAAAUUAUAAUUUAAAUAAUUUGUUUAAAUAUAAUCACGAACAAUUAGUUAAAAAGCCCCGCCUUAACCUGUUUGAUAUUACAGAAGAUUUUCUCGCACGGUGGUUGGCCGGUUCUUGCACGCUAGGCUCAGCCGGAACGUGACAAUGAGUCAUGCUUUUUUCGUGCGUGCAGCCGGCGUUCAUCGACUUAUAAGAUGUUAUCACGUCAAAAAUGACGCGCAGGUCUUCGUGUUUAUCAACAAUUGCACGACAUCUUACUUACACGCAAGAUAUCACACUUUGUGAAUAUCCGUCGGCAGAACUUACAAAUGCAACGGAGGUGUCGAGUAAAAAAAAGUUAGAAAUUGUCGUUUUUUAAAAAAUUAAUUACGAAAAAAACUUGGCGUGUGAAACAGUGGUUUUAGGUAUCCCGUAGUUAAGAUUCACAUUAUUAUCUGGAGGACAUCGCAUCAUCUUUGGAUUAUGAGUGAUUAUUAUACUCGCCAUUAAUGCUCUGUCCCUUACAAAGCUUGGUAACUUUAUUUUAUUGUCAUUACUGUUAAUAAAAAUCUUUUCCUUAA